AUGUUUACCUUGGAUGAUGAAGCCCCUGUGCCAAAGUUGAAACCAAAACAAGGUCGUAAAAAAACUUCUGAUAUCCAGUUCAAGACCAGCAAAGAGAUGGAAGGUAUGUUUGCCUCCGACAAAGUUGCUAGUGAAGCAACUUUGGCACCUUUGCAAAAGAAAGAGUUGCAAGGGAUGUUUGCCUCGGAGGAUGAAUUUGCUAUUGAAGCGCCUUUGGAAACCGUGAAGGCAAAGCCAAAAAAACAAGGACGUAAGAAAUCAAUUCUAAAACAAGAGAAAGAAAACAUGAAACAAGAGAAAGAAAACGUGGAACCUUUGGCAGAUAAAUCAAAACGAGAUAUUUCUUCUUUUUAUCAGGACGUAGGAAAUCAAUUGUUAAAGAAGAGGUGUUGCCCUCAGGUAAUGUAG